AUGACCCUUCCGCCUUUUACACUUCGCCCAUCACUCCAACAAACCGAUACUCCCCCUCCAUCCCUCAGCUUCGACAACCUCCAGCUCUUCGCCAACGAGGUCGUUUUGGACGAGGAGGCGGCCAUGUUUGCCAAGGCAAAGGGAUCGGCUUACCUGGGGAAAGGCAAGGAUGCGGACCCGAAUGGACCCUUGCUCAAGCACCUGUUCCAUACACCAGAACUCGCUCCCCCCUACAGCCUCCGGCGGAACAUAAAGGAGAAGACGGUGGCUGCGAUGGAUGCCUGGUGUGCUAAACAAAUUGUCCACUCGGUGGUGGUCUGCCACCCACUCAUCUGCUGCGGCGACGAUAUCAAGCAAACGUCCAACGAGGGGCAAGGGCUGAUCGCCGUCAAUCCGGAUGGCAGUACCGAAUGGAUGAAGUCAUGGACGGAGGCAAACAAGCAGAACUUGCAUCCCCAGAGCACCAACGAAUGGCGAGAGCAACAGAUCCCCCGUCAGGGCCUGACACUUUCCUCCGCUCCCGGAUCUUCUCGACCGACCACUGCGUCCAACCCCUCCGCCUCGGCCCCCGGCAAGAAGACCGCCAAGCACGCCAGUACGGCGACGCUCCCCAAUGCAGCCUCGUCCACCCAUGACGCGCUCUCCUCGGCUGUUCUCGGCCACGUCCGGGCGAGCACGGUACUAUCCAUCGCCGCCUCCGACCCAUCCCUUAAUUCCCCUCGUCUGCCGGUUCCGGAGCCAAGCCUCGCCUUCGACUUUGAUGCGGACAACAUGAACGAGGACUUGCAGACCGUCAUGCGCAUCCUUUCGGAGAACGGCGAGGCAGGUAUGAGCCAGGAUGGGGCAGAGCCUAUCAAGCGAGAAGCCGGCGGUGGCGCUAGGUUGGGGCAUGGCAAGUCCGAAGGCCAUACCGAUGAUCAGGGACGAAAAAAUGGACGGGCCGGCGGGGCGGGAGAUGGAGGGCGAGAGGGUGUAGGGGGAGGUGGCGCGGGCGAGAAGGGGGACGGAGAGAAGUAG